AUGGCGGGGACCGUAUACUUGCGAACGGAUCGUUUCGAGGUAAAGCUCGAAGGGAUGACCUUCAAGACAAAGGAUUUCGAAUCCCUAUGCAAAAUGGACUUUCUCUUCCCAAACGGAAAGGAUUGGGCCCGCCGCCCGAUCGUGGGCCUCGACGUCAUGCACCAUCCACGCGACCCGUCCGUCGUUCUUCUCCUCCUCUGUUUCGGGCUGGGCUGCGUCGUUCUCCGCUUCCGGGUCGGUGAUGCCCUCCCUCCCAGCAUCCACAAAUUCCUCUCUGACAAAAGAAUCCACAUCGUGUGCUUCGGUCUUCCCGAGAAAAUCGAGCUUUUCCCGUUCGAGGAGCUCGGCCUCAACCGAAACGAGUCGGACAUCGGCUACCUAGCCGCCAAGAUCCUCAAGGACUCUAGGUUUCGAAAAUCUGAGCUCGACGAGCUGGCGCGCAAGGUCCUCGGGAUCAAGCGCAUGAUCGGGUUAACCGAGGCCUCGUCGUUCGAGAGGCACGAACAAAUGAAAUCAGCUAUCUGUCAACUUUUCAUCACGUCACUAAUUGGGAUGGGACUACUCACCGCCAAGGACGAGAGGAAGAAAUCGAUGGAUAAUAAUUAUCGUUCGAAAAAGGGCUCGUUUCUCAAGAACUUGAACUCCCUUCAUCUGUUGGCCGAGGGAUGGUUCAAGUUGCCGAAGGUCGUGCAGAGGAAGAAUAAUAAUAAUACCCUCAUCCAACUAGGCAAUAACAAUAACAAGACGCCGAGCAAUAGUUAUGAAAAUGCCCUUGGUAAUAACAGGGACGUAUCGAUUGUGGACGUGCUCGUGAACGUGAACAAUGUUCCGUCGGGAGAGUCGACCCCACGGGACGCCAAGGGCAAAAAUGACAUUUUCGAUUUCAAUGAGAAGGAGACGAAAAAUAAUGAUAAGCCGAUUAAGGGGAUUCUUAAGUGCCCGUCGACAUCGCUUUUGCAAAAAAACGAGUCAUCUCCUGUGAACGCGUCACCACCGUCGCCGGUAGAGCCCGCGAAAGGUAUGCUUAAGCGGGCGAAUUCGAAAGGGUGCAAUGUUAGCUUUAAGUUACAUUAG